AUUUCCUUGCUGACCAACCAAUCGCAAAGCCUAUUGCUGAAAAGUGCGGUACGUAAAGCCGGAGGAUUGUAAGCGGCCCAGGUGAACCCGGUCCAUCUGAGUUCUGGGUGAGGAACUUCUGUUGGUGUUUGGGGCCGCAGGAACUGGAAACCAUGGAUGACUCACACACGCUUUGAGACUUCAUGUAGAUCUGGGUUUUCUUGGAAACCUACCAUAAAGCUGAACGAAUUGUGGAACAGACCUAUGGUAGAAUUAGAAUUUUGAAGCACAGCCUUCAAGGCACAAGCCUGUAAUCCCAGUUACUUGGGAAGUGGAAGCAAGACAUUUGCAGAUUCAAGGCCGGCCUGGGCCACAAGGCUGGCGGUGGCAGAGUCAACAUCAAAGUAUGCUUCGUGGUGUUCUGGGAAAGGCCUUCCGACUUGCUGGCUAUACCAUUCAGUAUGGCUGUAUAGCUCACUGUGCUUUUGAAUACGUUGGUGGUGUUGUAAUGUGUUCUGGACCAUCGAUGGAACCUACAAUUCAAAAUUCAGAUAUUGUCUUUGCAGAAAAUCUUAGCCGACACUUUUAUGGCAUCCAAAGAGGUGACAUUGUAAUUGCAAAAAGUCCGAGUGACCCAAAAUCAAGUAUCUGUAAAAGAGUAAUUGGUUUGGAAGGGGACAAAAUCCUUGCCGAUAAUCCACCUGACAUCUUUAAGAGCCGUAACUAUGUACCAACAGGUCACGUUUGGUUAGAAGGUGAUAACUUAGAGAAUUCUACCGAUUCCAGAUGUUACGGACCUGUACCAUAUGGACUCAUAAGAGGACGGAUCUUCUUUAAGAAUAACUGAUGAAGAGAAUGUACUGCAGUGUCUAACACAGAGGAAAGGAAAAGGGAACAUCAUGAUGAUAAAGAAUUUUCAUUAAUUGUAUUCAACUGUAUUUUCAUUUUACAGAUUUGGCCUUUCAGUGAUUUUGGAUUUCUGCGUGACAGCCCAAAUGGCCACAGAUUUUCUGAUGAUUAAUAAGUAUUUCCUUUUAAUUUGAUUAUUGUCUCCUAUUCAAGUGACUUUAUUCUUACUACAGUUGAAACCGUGAACUUAACAAUAAACUAUUUGCUAUUCAGUUUUA